GGGUGGAGUACCAGAGAGGUGGGCACGUUCUGUUAGUCAGUAGUCAGUAUUCGUACAAGUCACACUGCGCCAGGAUGUUAGUGGAGGCGGUGAUAGUUAUCCUGUCCCUAGUUUAUCUUUACUUCACUUUUAGGAAGCCACCGGGACUACCUCCAGGGAUGUGGGGCCUACCUAUUGUGGGAAAGUUUCCUUCAACGUCGGUGCGGUUUGGAGACCAGGUGAAGGCACUGAGGCCUCGCUACGGUGACCUUAUUUCGUGGCGUGUUGGUAACCGUCUUCUGAUCUUUCUCUGCAACCAACAGUUAAUCAAACGCGCUCUCAGCAAACAAGAGUUCACAGAUAGACCAGAUUUUUCCACAUUUUUUACAUAUGCCCAAGGAGGUUUUCAUGGUGUCAUCUUUGGCAAUGGCGUCAAGUGGCAGAUUCACCGUCGCUUCGUUCUUCGUCACCUGAGGAAUCUGGGAAUGGGGAAGAGUAAGGUAGAGCUUGAUAUUCAAGAAGAGGCAGUACAUCUGGUGGAAGACUUUAAGAAGCACACAGACAAGGAUGAAACUGUGCCAAUGUCCCUUGGAGUGGCAGUGUUUAAUGUAAUAUGGAAAAUGGUUGCAGGUACUCGCUUCAGAAUGGACGACCAACGAGCUCAUGAUUUAGUUAGCAUGGUAUGGUCAAUCAAUGAUACAUUCCAAGGCCCUGUGACCCUGUUCAAUUUUUUCCCAUGGCUGGAGAACUGGUCCCCAAAGUGGUUGAAGGAAAAACUGGGCUUGAAAGACCUGCAGGACCUUUCUGGGGAACUAUUCAGCAUUGCUAAAGAAUAUGUGAAGCUGCAUGAAGACAAACAUGAGCCAAAUAAAGAAGGGGAUCUCAUUGACCAAUAUUUAUCAGCUAUGAAAGAAGAGGAAAAUGAAGACUCUAUACUCAGCGUGAAAGAACUUCUCGUAGUUGUGCUUGAUCUUUUUGUGGCUGGGCUUGAGACCACCUCCUCUACAUUGAGGUGGGCGAUUCUAUACUUGGCCAAAUACCCAGAGAUUCAGCGACGGGUCCAGCGGGAGAUUGACAACGUGCUACCUCGUGGAACUAAACCACAAUACCAGGAUAGAGCUAAGUUGCCGUACUUUGAGGCAGUUCUCAAUGAAGUCAAUCGGAUCUCCUCGCUGGUGCCUCUUGGUGUCCCACACAUGGCCUCGCAGGACACCCAGUUAGAAGGCUACAUUAUUCCUAAGGGUGCUGUACUGCUACCCCACCUAGAAUGUUCCCACAAAGACCCUGAGUUAUGGGAGAAGCCUGACCAGUUCUAUCCUGAGCAUUUCCUGGAUGCUGAAGGAAAGUUUGUCCCUAGAGAGGGUCUGAUGCCUUUUGCUGUCGGACGUCGUGUGUGUCUGGGAGAGUCACUGGCACGAGUGGAAAUCGUAGUGUUCCUAGCAGCAUUGCUUCAAAACUUUACAUUCAUAGCACCAGAGGGAGAGCCACUUUCAACAGAAAACGACCCUAAAGAAUUUUCUCUCAAUUCUCCAAAGCCUUACAGGAUCACCAUUAGAGAAAGGAAGAGUGAGGUAGAGAAGUAAAUUAACAUGAAUGAAUCACAAACUAACACAUGUAAUAAAUAAACAAAAUGCUAGUUAAACUAGAAUUGUAUUUUUUAUGAAUUUCCAUAGUAUAUUCUUCUUGAUCUAAAGUUGUUGAUACUAUAUCAAGUUGUGAAAUUAAACACAAGAUGACCAUCCUCAAAACAUCCUUGAGUGACAGAGCUUGCUUUGCAUCAAAUUUAUCUUAUUAUUAUUAUUAUUAUUAUUAUUGUUAUUGAAUUGUCUUCAGGUGUAAAAAUAAAAUACUGAAUAGUGAA